AUGAGGUAUUUCAAACUGGCGAUCGACAAUCAAGAAGCCCCAAUCCGUGAAUUUAAGCCUAAGAACAGGCGUAUCAUGGGACCUGAUGAGGACGAUAAUAGUUGGCCGCCAUGGUUGAAACCAUUAUUGAAGGAACAAUUCUUUGUUCAAUGCAAGUUACAUGCUGAUUCCCACAAGAGUGAAUGUAAUAUGUACUGUCUGCAAUGUAACAAUGCCCCUCUCUGCUCUGUCUGUUUAGCCCAUCACAGAGAUCAUCCUGUCAUUCAGAUAAGGAGGUCAUCUUACCAUGAUGUGAUAAGAGUGAAUGAGAUUCAGAAGUAUUUAGACAUUUCUUCAGUCCAAACAUACAUUAUCAACAGUGCUAAAGUUGUUUUCUUGAAUGAAAGGCCACAGCCUAGGCCAGGAAAAGGGGUCACAAAUACUUGUGAAGUAUGUGAAAGGAGUCUUCUUGAUUCCUUCAAAUUCUGCUCUCUUGGUUGCAAGAUUGUUGGGACCUCAAGUAAUUUCGUGAAGAAGAAGAAGAAGCCGAAGAAUUCGCCGGAGAAGAAGAGAUUACCGGCGCCGAUGGCGGCAUCGGAAUCUGAUGACUUUUACAGUAGUAGCAGCAGCAGCCAUGGCCGGAGAAACAAGAUUCAGAGUUUCACUCCGUCAACGCCCCCUCCAACUUCUGCUAAUUACAAAACGGCCAAGCGUAGAAAGGGAAUUCCUCAUAGAGCCCCAACAGGAGGACUAUUCAUAGAAUAUUAAUCUUUGCAAUCUCAGUCCUUUAAUUUACAUCUAAAAUGCAUAAUGUCUAUACAAAUAUACUGCCUAGUUUAUCAAGAAUGCAAUUCCUCCAAACACUAGUGCUUUCUUCAAAAAAGGCCAGUGUUUUAAAGCUCUUUAGUCCACAAGAGCCGUAUUGUAUAUAGUUUUUAGGAUCAAAUAGGAUAUGAUGAUAAAUUGGAGGUGUGGAAGUUGAAAUAAGAAAAAAUGUAAGGACUAAUAGUGCUAAGUUAGAAGUUGGGCUUAGAAAAUAAGCUACUAUAGUUUGAUGAACUACUAAUAAAUAUUAUAGAUUGUUUAUACAUAUGUUUUGAAUGUAUUCGAGCCUUUGUAAUCUAAAAUGUAAAUAUGAAUAUAGUAUUGUGAUUAUUAGAAUA